UAAUAAUUCCUAAUGAGCCACACCUUUGUUGUUUUGAAACGCAAAACAACAGUCCUUUGGAGCGUAGACUACAUCCAGCUACAUUCAGCAAAUAAAUGGCGGUGUACCUGCAGAAUGACAGUCAACUAGCAACUAAAAAUGCUCUCCCAAUGCCAAGCAACUAUUCUGAUGGCAGCAAGACUGUGAUUGCACAAUUUAGGAGAGCAGUUCAAAUAGCUUUGGAGGACCAGCAAGAGAGAGACGCAUUGGUUGAGAGUCUAAAGAGAUUUGAAAGCUCGUACAUUGUAGAGGAUCUCAUGGAUGACCUCAAAAACUUAUUAGAUCAUCCAGAAAAAAGGAUAUUGUACAAAUACAUAAGUCCACUGAUACCAAGGAGACUAAGAGGGGAAUACAAAUCCUUAGUACCUCACAUACCUAGUUUUGAAAGGAAAGUAAUUCGGAUGAAGUUACAAGGAGCCAGUCAUUCCUUUGGUUUCACUGUAAGAGGAGGCAAAGAAUUUGGCUGUGGCAUAUUUGUAACAAACGUUUCAAGGUCUUCAAAAGCAGCCCAAGCCAACCUCAAGGCCGGCUACCAGAUUGUGAGGUUAAAUGGGCUAAUCCUGUCCGAGUGCACACACGAAGAAUUUGUGAGCCUCGUGAAGCAAAAGAAAUCCCUAGUACUUGCUAUUAAAGUUGUUGGACUGAUUCCUGAGAAACCGUCUGGAAGCAACAUGGUUGUAUGGAGGGAAGUGGUAGAGAAGGAUCCCUGGCGUCCUACCACUAGAAUUGGUGUACAUGGACCAAUUCAAAGUACAAGGAGGAUCCAAGUGACUCUCAGUGAAAAUGAAACACUAGGAGCAUCUGUGAAGGCAAGCUCAGCUAUUGAUGGUGGUGUUUUAAUACGUGACAUUACUCCAAACUCACCUGCUGAUAUUGCUGGCCUAAAACGUGGUGAUGAGAUUAUACAUGUUAAUGAGACUAGCCUUCUUGGAAAAACACUGAAUGAGGCAACUAGGAUACUUCGUUCAAGUGAUGUGCUUAUGUUAACUAUAAGAGUUGAUGAGGGUUCAGCUCGUAAUUCAUUUGAUUACGAAGGAGGAGAAGAAGGAGGAGCUUAUUUUGAUUUUGAUGUACACGCCCUCUCCUCCUCUCACGGAGGAAACAGGACAAGACAGAACCACGACAGCAACUUUGAGCUAAGGACCCGCUCUCCACCCAAUCAAAGAAAAAUGACAAAACAGACAUCAGUCAAUCGAGUAUCAGUGACUGACUCUGACGUGGAGCAGUCUCGCUUCAUGCCCACCAUUGCUCCAGCUACAUUUGGGCAUGGGCGCACACUACCAAUGCCGACACUCAUGGGACUUGGGACCGACUUUGACGUAGAAGAAUCACAUGAUUUUGAUGCCGCGCUAAUGAGGCCUUCACGUGACUCGUCUGAAGAGCCGGUUGCACCACUUGGACGAGCAACGGUUGAGGGUAGAGACAUGUCACCAACACAGGAGGAACCAGUCGUACUGAGGAGACAAACUUCAGCACUUAAGAAACCAGGAGGAAACAAAACAAGUCCGGCAAGACACCCAAUAUUUGAUGACAAUAUACAGAUCAUACCAGGCAGCAUGAAAGCCAAUGCCAGCACUGAUACUGUCAACACACGUACUAGUGGAAGCAACAUUCACCCUAGCAAUCUUACUUUUAGUCAGGAUAUAUUGGAAGGAAGGCAGGUACAACACCACACAAUACCAAAAAGUGGGCCACUGAAGUUGGCAAUAAGAGGAGGAAGGGACACACCACUUGGACCAAAAAUAAUAAUAUCAAGAAUAAUUGAAGGAGGAGCAGCUCAUAGCUAUGGUAAACUCAAUGUUGGUGAUCAGGUGCUGGCAUGUGAUGGUGUUAGUCUCGUUGAUGUGUCACAUGAUGAAGCUGGAGAAGCUUUCAAGAGAGCAAUGGACUCACGCUCGGGGUCUAUUGACCUUGUUGUUGCUGUCAAUCCUGAGCCAUAGCCAAGAACUUUGCCUCUUCUAAAACUUUUUUGAAGCUGCUACAAACACUGUCCUGUUUUUAUAGUUUUAAUAACAUGGUAUAAAACUAAUUUUUUGAAAUAAAAAAGCUAUAACUAGCUAUCAAAUCA